AUGGGGCGCAUUCGCAAGAUCAAUGGUGAGGAUGUGAUGACUGAGGAUGAGUUUGCCGCCUGGUGGCAAGGCCACCAAGGCGACUUCGAGGAGCUUAGGCGGCGUUUGGCCACGAAGCUGCAGGUGAAGAAUUUCAGGCAGCUUGCGCUGGUCGACGAUGAGAUGCUUGCGGCAGGCCAGUGGAUGGAUGUAGAGCUGGUGGUUGUGAUUCGGCCUUACUUGACAGACACAGAUUCGAAGGUGCUGGUGCAGGCAGCAGGCAAUGGGGACGUUGAGGGAGUUGCAAGCCUUUUGGAAAAGCCUUUGGACCCUGACACCGAAGGUCACGAUGAAGACAAUUGUAUGGAGCUGGCCUCGCUGCUCCGGCACGGGUACCUGCCAUGGAUCUUGGCGUUCUGGUUUGCUGCGAUGGUGGACUUCCAGUCGCAUCGCUAUGCGUUGGGCCUGUCCUGCAACUCCUGGCGAGAGCUGCUGAUUCACACAGAAGGCCUAGAGCUGUCGACAGUACGGCUGCUGGAUGACAACAUGUGCAAGAGUAGCGACCUGGAUUGCAUCUACGUGGCAGCCAACACCGUGGAGAAGGAGAAGAGGAAGACCAUCUCUGUGCUUCCUGACAAGGCGCUGGCGCGGUUCCAGUUCCUGGAGGCGGUGGUGCGCCUGGCCUUCAAGAGGUUUCUUCGAGCUGGACCCAACCACUCCAGUACAGAGGAGAUGAAGAAGGCCAUCGAUGCAUUGCAGGACAUGCUCCGCUUGGGCGAGGAUGUGCUCGAGAAGCGGAACUCCCUGCAUGAGUGCCUCUUCACGGAGGAGUGUUGCUUCGUGUACCGCGACUUCCAGGAGCAGUUGAGAAUCAUCUACGAGGGCUACACGUCGGUGAGCUCCUACCCCGGCCGCCGCGGGCGUAUCAUCUCCUUCGGUGGUUGGCUGACCUUCUGUGGCCAGGCCAUGCCUGAGGAGCCCUCGACCCGGCUCUUCCGCGAGGCCUUCGCUUUGGGCAGGGAGGUCCGGGCAGAUGAGACCUCCCACUACAGGCACAUGGAGCUGUCGUGGCCGGAGUUCUUGGUUUCCCUGGGCGCCUUGGUGCGCCUGAGUCCGGACUUCGACACCGAGUUCUUUGCGGAGCAGCUGGGCAGCUUCUUUGUGGCUCUGUCGCCUUUGAGCGAUAGCCUGCUGGCAGGGAAUCCGGCCACGGCAGGCCGAAAGGUCGGGAACCACAAGGACCAGGCAUUACUGACUCUGAUCGGCCAGAUCUUUGAGGAAGCCGAUGAUGAUGAGACAGGCACCAUCGAUGAGAAGGAGUUCCGGCACUUCUUCGUGCAAACAAAGGUGCAGGAGAAGUUGAUUGAGUUCGGCAUCUCUGUGUCCAACUUGAACAUGCUGUUCAAAUCCCUGGAUGUGGAUGGCGAAGGCGUGCUGACCUUCGACGAGCUGUGUGACGGGUUUCUGAAGAUGGCGGCCAUCAUGAGGAGCAACGAGCGAGCCAUAUCCUACAUCCGCAAGGUCUUUGCAGAGGCAGAUGCUGAUGGAUCUGGCACCUUGGACAAGGAUGAGUUCAACAACAUCUUCGUGGAGCCAUCGGUGAAGAAGAAGAUGGAUGGCUUCGGAAUCCAUGCCACAGAUCUGGAGGAUUUGUUUUCGCUCAUCGACCAGGAUGGCAGCGGCCAAGUGUCCGAGGACGAGGUAAUCGCCGGCUUCAUUAUGCUGCGUGACCCCAAGACGGCCGGAGAGCGCGGGGUGGCGCUCCUCAGCAAGAUCUUCGAAGAGGCCGACACAGAUGGUAGCGGUGGACUGGACAAGAACGAGUACUUGAAGGCCUUCUCUCAAGACCUGGUGACGCAGCAGCUCACCGCGCGGAACCUCAAGGUCCCAGACUGGGCGGGGCUCUUCGAAGUGAUGGACGCCGACGGCUCCGGGACUCUGCAGUGGGACGAGCUUCGGGAAGGGCUGGUGUCCUUCUGGGCGCGGAACCAGAUGGAGAGCCUGCAGAAGUAG